AUGAAUGGAACAUGUCAUUGCAUGGAAGGAUGGAUGGGAUCUAACUGCACUCAGGAUGUAGAUGAAUGCAAGAAUACAUCUUACUGUGACGCAUAUCUAGAAGACUGUUACAAUGAAGAGGGGUCUGCAAGCUGUGAAUGUCGUUACGGAAAUGUAAACCGUACUGAUAAUGAAUGUGUUUGUGAAUGGGAGAUUAAAAUAAAACUAGAAUUGAGAAUCGGUUUGACCAUUACAAGGGAUGAAAUACAGAACAACCACACAGAAUGGUUAGCGGACAUUGAGCAUGCGCUAGAAAACAUUUACAACGAGUCCAUUCGAGGUUUUACAAAAGUUACCGUUCUGUCCAUUCGUCUUGGAAGCGUUUUUGCUGAUCAUGAAAUCAUUGCAAAUGCCAGCGAUUCAGUGAAAAUUGACGUGGCGAACCAAAUGUUGAACUUUUUGACAAAGCAGUCUACAUUGACAGUUCGUAAUUUAGACGCAUAUAUAACUGGUGCAAUAUUGAAAAACGAAAAUGGAGCGAUCGUGACGAAUCUCACGGAUCCUUCUACCCUGUGUUCAGAUUUUAAAGUACAAUGUGAAGGAAAUCAAAAUUGUGAAUGGACGUCGGGUACCUUGAGUUGUGUAAAGCCAAAGACAGCAGAUUUGUCUACGUAUCUCAUUGUCCUUGGUGUGAGCAUACCAGUGCUGAUAGCGUCGAUUGUAAUGAUUAGCAUAUGCGUGUGUCAUCGAAGGAAUUCCAAAGACAAUGAAUCAGGAAGUCUCAACAAGUAUACGCUCUCGGAAGAUGAUUGGAUGAAGAAUGUGGAUACGGAGAACUAUUGGUCCGUUGGCUCUGAUGCUACCAAGGGUCAUAAUAAUGCGAUUUAUUCAUGGAAUGGAUUGGAUGAGGAUUUGAAGGUGCCCGAAGGGUUUCGUAUUAAAAGACCAAUCAUAUGCAUCAGGAAGAAUUAACACAAAAAUGCGAAGAUUGCAUAUAGCUAUCAACGAAUGUUACAUAUGUAUAUCAAGAAUGGAAUUUAUACCAAGAGAUGUCACUAUAUCCACUCUCCAUGUUCUUAUUGACGAUGAAAUGAACUAUAUUUGAAGAAAGCCUUUGCAUUUCAUUAAUACCCUGUCACGGAAAACAACACAAAUUUCACUAUAUGAAUAUAAAUUAUUUAAAAAAUCAUAUUCUCUAAAGAUAUGUCUGAAAGAUGACAAUGAAACAUAAUAAUAUUGUAGAUGGUGAUGAUUUUUUUUCUUUAUUCAUUGACAUACUAUGUAGACAUUGAAACUUUCCACGAAAUCUUGCUGACUUAUUAACUUACUCUACACAUGUUAAAAUAUAUAUGUUACAUGAUCGGUCUUUUUUUUUGUAAUACUGUAUACAGGUAACUAUUCGCCCCGUUUUAUUUUCGCCCCUUUCGCUCUCGUUGUCAAUGGGCGUAUUUCAGGCUGGACGACUUCAAAAUCUCUGGACUUUGUUGUAAUUCCCUGUGCGUGGGCGAGUUGAAAACGGAACGAUACCGUUUGCAAGUAUAGGGCAAAGGCGACAAUAACCCUGUAUACAGUAUAUUGUAUGAUGUACGCUUAUUCGUAAUUACCUACUUAAUUAGCUUGACUAGAUCUAAACAAUACAUGUAUUAUGAUGUAAAGUACAACGACAUAAUUUAACAAUCAUAAUAAAAACAU